AUGGGUGAGCGAGGUCCGGAUCAAUGGCUAGAGCAAAUCAAAAAAUGUAUCGCAUUAUCGGAAUCAGAUAUGAAACAGUUAUGCGAGCUAGUUAAGGAAUUGCUUAUGGAGGAGUCCAAUAUCCAACCAGUGCAAUCACCAGUGACUGUUUGCGGAGACAUUCACGGACAGUUCCAUGACUUGUUGGAACUCUUUAGAAUAUCUGGCGGAAUGCCCAGUGAGGAUAACCAGACAAAUUAUAUAUUCUUGGGGGACUAUGUUGACCGUGGUUACUUCUCCUUGGAAACAUUCACACUCUUGAUGGUGCUAAAAGUGAAAUACCCUCAUCGCAUUACUCUUGUAAGAGGCAAUCACGAGUCAAGACAAAUUACUCAAGUAUAUGGCUUUUACGAGGAGUGUCUCACAAAGUAUGGCUCCACUACAGUAUGGAAAUACUGUUGUCAAGUGUUUGACUUUCUCACCUUGGCAGCCAUCAUUGACGGCAAAAUUCUUUGUGUCCAUGGCGGAUUAUCACCAGAGAUAAGGAUGUUGGACCAAAUCAGAGUUCUUUCCAGAGCACAAGAAGUACCCCAUGAAGGUGGGUUCUGUGACUUGGUGUGGUCUGACCCUGAUAAUGUUGACACUUGGGCAGUUUCUCCGCGUGGUGCAGGAUGGUUAUUCGGCUCCAAAGUGUCGAGAGAGUUUAACCAUAUAAACAAUUUGCAACUCAUUGCUAGGGCUCACCAGCUAGUGAUGGAAGGGUUUCGUUACCAUUUUAAAGAGAAAGAUGUGGUGACCGUGUGGUCAGCACCCAACUAUUGUUAUAGGUGUGGAAAUGUUGCUAGUGUCAUGCAGAUUGAUGAAGAUUUGGAUCCAAAUUUCAAGAUUUUUAGUGCUGUACAGGAUGGAGAUUUAACAGUUAAGAACAACACAACUAAACAACAAAGAAGUGACUACUUUUUGUAA